GUCAAUCAAUCGCUUUUGUCCACCCACUUGAUUGGCAAAACGCACACACACAGACCACCCACACACGCACACAAAUAGCCACACGGGCCGUCCCGCUGUCUGUCUGCCCUUUUCCCUUUCUACCUGCUGUUUGUAUCCAUCGGCCGGCCGGCCCUCGGUCAAUCACUUGAGGCGGUGCUCAUCUGCGUCUGCCUUUUGUCUCUUUUCGCCGCUUGUGUGGCCGUGCCCUGACGUCCUCAUAAGCCAUCUCCUUGACUGUCUGCCAGAAGGCCUCCUGGCCGGGCCUCGAGCAGGGCGACUCGAUGGCCGGGUCUCGCAUGUCGGCGAAGUUGCUGUCGUCGAGGCAGUACUCCUUCUCCCUCGUGAUUCUGUUUCCUUCCAUGGCGUCAGCUGCUGCAGUAAGUGCAGCCACCCAUCCAUCCGUCCAUUGCACAGACACAUGCCUUUGCGGUCUCUCUGUACCUGUGGUGGUGACUUACGGACGCCAUACCUUGUGUCAUUGCAAAGCAGGAGAGGCUGGCGUCGUUUUCGACUAGGUGGGCGAUUUGCGACGCGGCCGUGUAUCCGCCGUUGACGUACGUCUCCGACUUGCUCAUCGACGUGCACAAGUCCACCAGCCGGCUGCAUCCAUUGCACACACAAACUCUCUCUCUGCGCGCGCGCGCGCGCGUGUGUGUGUGACAUGCCUGCGCGCCUCUACAGAGUCAUCUGGUCUGACGCCGCCCGUGACUGAUACGACCGUGGCGCAUGGGCACCUCUUGGUCCAUCUCUCUGGUGCCUCCGCGUCCAUCAAGAGAUACGAAAAAUCUGCGCAGAUGCACAGCCACAACCAUCUGUGGGUGAGGGUCGCGUAUGUGUGCGUAUGUGUGUUUGGCCAACCGACCGAUGAGGGCCAUGUCGCUCGCUUUGGGGGGGAAAUUCAUGUACACGAACUGCGCCCAUGCAACGCACACAGCGCACUGGUGGUCUGUGUCUCUGUGUCUCUGUCUGUCUGUCUGUCUGCCUGCGUGUGGUAUGCAUACACAGAGGGAUACGCUCACACACGUCAUAUGUGGUCUUCCAGGAGACGGUGGUGCUUUCGUUGGUCUUGGUCAAUGGCGUAAUGGCCAUGUUUUUCAAAUUGCCGGACUGCAGCACACACAUUACACACAUUACCGAGAGCACACGCGGCGGACACGUUCGUGCAAGCUCGUGUGUGUGUGUGUGUGUGCUUUCUCUCGUUCACUGCGGCGCGUGGCGUUUGGCCGGUUGGCGGCACACACACACACACACACGCACACACACACACACACACACAGAGAGAGAGAGAGAGAGAAAGAAGGAGAGAGAAGGAGAGAAAGAUGAAGCUGGAUGUGUGUGCGUGUGUCUCCCUCUCUGUGUGUGUAUGCCUUUCCCCACUCACCGUGCAUAUCGCAGUGGUGCACGCCGACUUUCUGCAUCUGGAUGGCCACUUCUGCCAUGCCCAUCAUCAGCAGAGACCCAAUAGGAAUGGUCUCGCCCUUAUCCACGCAAAACAGCACACACGCCCGCCUCCAAAUGGCGCGUUUAUGGAUGGAUGGAUGGAUGGAUGGAUGCCUCACCGUCGGCAGUUUUUGUAUCUUCUCGAGGCCCUUGUUGAUUGUCCUCGCCAGGGGGAGGAUUUCAAUGAUCAGAUAAUCUGGUAUACACCGGGCGCACGGGCACCAAUACACAACAGACGCGUGAAUGCAUGGUUGCGUGUGUGCAUUGACCUUUCAUGGCCUCCUCCUUGCGAGAGACUGCGUCAUGCACCACAUAAUAGGACGGGAUCUGCACAGACACAGACAGACAGACAGACAAACAGACCGACACGCACAGAGGCGAGACACACAGUCGGUCUUGCUGUGAUUGCCAUGAUGAAGUACGCACCCUUGGGAAAUCGCCGGCCAGGUACGCGACUCGCAGCAUCUUGAGCGACUCCGAGUACUCAGGAUUGCGUUCCGCCUCCGCGCCAAUGGGCUCCUCCCGCUCGUCAGUUAUCGCCGUCCACAGCUUUUCAUACACUGACGACAUGACGACACACACACAAGACGACCAACACCAAGGUCUCUCUCUCUCUCUGUGUGUGUGUGUGUGUGUGUGCCUUUUUUUUCUCCCUUGAGAGCCCGGUCUUGUUUGGUGGGCCCUUUGCCUCCCUCCGCCGCCCCGUGCAGUGAUGCCUUGAUGGCCACAGCCACACCCUUGUCGUGCGGUAUCGUCACGCCACCGGCAGCCUUGCUCAUGUCGCGAAUCUCAUAGUUGCACGCUGACAUAAAACACACAGCAGGAGAAACACAAACAGCGAGACACAUCGGUCGACUGAUCAUGAUUGAUUGAUCUCUGACUGACUGACUGACUGACUGGCUCACCGGGCACAAUGGUUGCGAAGAUGACGACGCCGUUGGCGCCCGUCGCGCAACGAAGCUUGUAAUCUUCGCCGAUCCUGACCUCUUUGAUCUUUGGCUUUUUCUUCUUCUUCUCCUGUGACUCCUUCUUGGCUUCGUACACCAGCCGGACAUUGCUCUCGGCCAGCUUCUCCGACUUGAACUCGCCCCAGAACUGCCGCAGGGCGCCCAGAUCGUUGCCCAUCGUGUGCAGCUGAUCUGCACACCCAGACAGACAGACAGACACGCACCGAGACAUAGACACACCGACGAGAGGAUUGGACAGUGCAAACGUAUCGGCCACCCACCCUGGACGUUGCAGUAGACGUAAGGCCUGGAGCAGAUGAACCUGACGGCCUCCACGACUGUCUCAGGCGUCGAUGUCACAUUGAUGGUCCGGCUGUCGGCACACAUGGCCGCCUCGUCGUACUCGCCCGCAGACACAGACGCAGACACAGAGUGGGCUGCCGGAAACCGCCUGCGUUUCAGGUGGAUGGCCGCCCGCCGCUUGACGAUGAGGGAUGGUGCGGCGCCCUGCCGGACGCCCCUGCUCCUCCACGCGACUCUGCCCUGUCCGGCGGACAGUGCCUGCACGCGCCCGGCCUCCCAUUGCGUGGCGAGUAGAAGGGAAAGGGACAGGAAGCGGCGUAGAGUCCACAU